UUUAUCUACCUCCCAUCACUUAUACCUCUAGUCCUCUACUAUUCUCAUGUUCCUGACCUCCAACUCCAUGAGAACUGCUUUGCCUUUCCCUGACCUCUCUUUACAGAUCAGCCCACCAUCAGUUUCAGAUUCUGAAGCUAAGAUGGAUGUGGGUCAUGAUGGAUGGAUGAGAAGAACAUUUUAUGGUGAGAGAAGCUCAACAACUACAGAUUCUGGAAGCAGUAGCAGUGAUAUAAGCCAUGAACAAGGUGGGUUCUUGCACCCAAACAAGAGUUAUGAUCUUCUUAGGGUUGAACCAACUCUGAGCUUAGGGAUCGAUAAAGCUGCUUUGGAUCCUCAACAUCAACAUCAACAACCCCAACCUCAGUUUCUACCACACAAUUUUCAUUACCUACACCAACCUCAGAUUUACAGUCGUGAAUUUAAAAGAAAUUCAAGAGUGAUUAAUGGAGGUAGGAGAAGUAUUAGAGCUCCUAGGAUGAGAUGGACUACAACUCUACAUGCCCAUUUUGUUCACGCAGUGCAGCUCCUUGGUGGCCAUGAAAGAGCAACACCCAAAUCAGUUUUGGAGUUAAUGAAUGUGAAGGACUUAACACUAGCUCAUGUGAAGAGUCAUUUGCAGAUGUAUAGAACAGUGAAGAGCACUGACAAAGGAGCAGGGCAAGGGCAGACAGAGAUGGGUCUGAAUCAAAGGACAGAGAAAACUGCUCUAAGCCCUUCUUAUGCUCUCAACACAGCUCCACCACCACCACCACCCUCACCACCACCACCACCACCACCAAAAUCUUCAAGAAGUUCUUGGCCAUCAAUGGAAACAAAUGUUUGGAACCUUUCAAUGAAGAAGGAAAGCACAAUAGAAUGUUCUCAUUCUAUUUCAAAUGAACUUACAACUCAAAUGAACAAGGUUGAUGGAUAUGGGAGAGAGCUUUGCACUUCACACAAUGAGAAGGAGAAGUUAUACCUGAGCACUUUGGCCAAAUCUUCACAUAUGUUGCCUAACCUAGAGUUCACCCUUGGGAGGCAAAGUUGGCAAAUGGACUAUGCUGAACCUUCAAAUAAUGAGUUAACCCUUCUUAAGUGUUAAAAAAAUUCUACCAAAUAUAUCACUAUUACAUCUUUGAGAAUCAAGGGCAGGGAAGGGAAGG